AUGCAUUUAUAUAAUGCAAAUGUAUUUACGUUAAAAAAUUCUAUACUUAUUUUAUUAUGCCACUGUUUUUACAACCCCACCGAUAGCGGUGCAGUUCAAAUUACUCAAAGUAAUUUAGAUAUGGUAUUAGCAUCCAAUGAGGUAGUGUUCAUAAACUUUUAUGCCGAAUGGUGCAGAUUUAGCAAUAUGUUGAUGCCUACUUUCGAUGAUGCAUCAGAUGAAGUGUCAAAGGCUGGGUAUGAUCCUGGUAAAGUUGUAAUGGGCAAAGUUGACUGUGAUAAAGAAGGAGCCAUAGCAACAAGAUUCCAUAUAACAAAGUACCCCACUUUGAAACUUUUUAGGAAUGGUUUACCAGCUAAAAAAGAAUACAGAGGACAGAGAUCCGUUGAAGCAUUUGCAGAGUUUAUUAAAAAACAGCUCACCGAUCCUGUGGUGACCUUUGGAUCACUGAAAGAACUGCAUGAUCUCAGUGAAGAGAAGAGGCACAUCAUAGGUUACAUGGAUAGGAGAGAUCAGCCCGAGUAUGAAAUUCUCAGAAAGGUGGCAGCUAAUCUUAAAGAUGAAUGCCUUUUCCAUGUUGGUUUUGGAGAUGCCUCACAACAAAUGCACCCUCCAGGUCAACCAAUUGUAGUGUUUAGAACUGAUAAAAAAACGUCAACAGAACCUGACGAGACUUAUAAAGGUUCUUUAACCAGUUUCGAUGAACUGUAUAGUUGGGUGCAAGAGAAAUGCAUUCCACUUGUUCGAGAGAUCACUUUCGAGAAUGCUGAGGAGCUGACUGAAGAGGGACUGCCUUUCCUGAUUCUUUUCCACCAUCCUACUGAUACUGAAAGUGUAAAGAAAUAUAAGGAAGUGAUAAGUAGAGAAUUGGAAGGUGAAAAACAGAACAUAAACUUUUUAACUGCGGACGGUAAGAGGUUCGAACAUCCACUGCACCACUUGGGGAAGUCAGUGUCAGAUCUACCGCUCAUCGCCAUCGACUCCUUCAGGCAUAUGUAUCUGUUCCCCGACUAUAAGGAAAUGGACAUCCCUGGGAGACUGUAUCAGUUCCUCCAGGAUUUGUACUCUGGCAAAUUGCACAGGGAAUUCCACUACGGGCCGGACCCGGCAUCUCAAGCAAUUGGUGAAGUGAAAGUAACCACUCCACCAGAGUCCACUUUCAAGAAACUGGCGCCUUCUAAAAACCGAUAUACCCUACUGCGGGACGAGUUAUAA